AGAUCACUACAAAAGUUAUCACAGGAAGAUUCUUGAAAAAAUAUUGUUUAUGAAAGGUUAAAUGUCGUCUAUUAAAAUUGUCAACAAAACAGUAUCUUAACCUAUAAUUUUUUAACACAAUUUUAAACAAUGAUGAAAUUUAUCGUCAAAAAUGUCUGAAUCUUCACUCUUAAUCCACGAACAAUAUGGAUCUAACGGGGAAAUAUUUUAUUACCGACGUCAAGGACCCAAUCAAAUUACUAGACAACGAUCAAGGGGCAUUUUAACCAAUUAUUUCUACAAUAUAAUCACCUUUUUCAAGCAAAUUUUUCUGCCUCACGGUUACCCCACAAGUGUCAGUGAUGACUAUUUUGACUAUCAGCUAUGGGAUACAAUUCAGGCUUUCUGCAGCACUUUAACAGGUGCGUUUACAACAAGAGCAAUAUUAAAGGGUAUGGGCUUUGGAAACGCGCAAGCAACCGCACUGUCUGCCACUGUAACUUGGAUUUUGAAAGAUGGAGCUGGGAUGGUUGGAAGGAUUUUCUUUGCAUGGUGGAAAGGAUGUUACCUAGAUUAUGAUUGUAAGAAGUGGAGAUUCUUUGCAGACAUCAUAAAUGAUUUGGCCAUGGCAAUAGAAUUAUGUUUGCCAUACUUUAAAAAUUUCAGCAUGCCAAUUUUGUGUGUCUCUUCAAUUCUCAAAUCUAUGGUUGGUGUGGCUGGAGGUGCAACAAGAGCAUCAAUUACUCAGCAUCAAGCUAUUAAUGAAAAUAUGGCUGAGAUAUCUGCUAUUGAUGGAAAUCAGGAGACUGUGGUAAAUUUAAUAGCCAGUUUGCUGAGUAUAAUGAUACUUAGCUAUGUUAAUGAUGCACAGGUGGAAAUGGCAAUUGUUAUUGCACUGAUUCUAAUGCAUUUAUUCUCAAAUUACAAAGCUGUGGAAUCUUUGAUUUUCAAAAAGUUUAACAGGCAAAGACUGGCUAUUUUGCUCAAGAAUUACUAUCAUGUAGGGGUACUUUUAAGUCCCAAAUCAGUCAAUUCUGUGGAAUCAGUAGUGUUAGGCUGGGGAAUGAAUGACACAAACCUGUGUGGAUUUAAAAUAAAGAUGGGAGAGUCCAUAAAAAAAGUUGGAGAGUCAUAUGGAGCUGAAGAUUUUAGUAAAUUGCUCAAUAAUUAUGCAGAUAAACCUUAUCUUAUUAUACCAGAUGUUAAAAAGGGUUACAUCCAUGUAUCAUUUGAAAAGACUGAAAAUUCAAGAACUGUUAUAGAGGCAUAUUUUUAUGCCACAACAUUGGCCUUGGCUUUGUGCAUGUAUUUUGAUCAAGGACUGGAGAUAAAUCCCAAAAGACAUCUGCAUCAAAGCACAACAGUGUCAAGGCUUUCAUCAUUUAUGAAAAACUACCAGAGAUUAAAUCAUGUUCAUAAAAUCCCUGUAACAUUUUAUUCCCACUUUUCAGACUUUGUCAAUGCUGAAAUAAAUAUGUUUUUCACUAUUUUAGAACUAAAAGAGUGGGAUUUGUCUUCACAUGAUAUUAAUGUUGGUGAUUGGAGGGCAAAUUGGAAGACAUACUUAAAAAAACUGAAUUAACAUCAAAGCCAUCCAGUUAUUUUAUAAAAAUUUUACAUGAAACAAUAUACAUAUUAUACAAUAUUAAA